UUCCAACCAAGUAACCUGUUAAAACUGAUAGCCACGCCGUUCCAAGCACCAGUUCUUCCGCGUCGCUGGACGUAUAAAGGACAAUCAAGUCAUUUCAAGAGAAAGUUAAUUUGAUGUCAGUACUUCGAAUUUUUGAAUGUGACAAUGUAUACACAAACACGUCAACAAAUUUUAAACGCCGGGGAAGCAGAUAAUAGCAGCUCACUCCUUAGCAGCUCACCUCCAGAUAAGCCGAAAUUGAUCCAUGGCGGAAAUUAUAUCAAAGAAGGCAGAGAUUCGGCUAAAAGCACCUGUUUAAUUUUUUCCCCAAAAGAAGAAGAUGAAGUUGGAUCGCUGGGAAAAUAUCUUCAGCUCUUCGUCAAUCACAAAGUGAAUCUUUUGCACAUCGAAUCCAGAAGUUCUCUUCGACGACCAAAUGGCUAUGAAUUUAUGGUUGAUUGUGCACCGGGUGGUAAUAUAGCCUCCGUAAUUGAAUCAUUACGAGAUCAAUGUAACUACUUUUCGAUAAUCUCGAGAAAUCAUAAAGACAAUAUGGACACAGUACCAUGGUUUCCAAGAAGAAUACGCGAUCUCGAUAAGUUUGCUAAUCAAAUUUUGUCUUAUGGUGCCGAACUUGAUAGUGAUCAUCCUGGUUUUACGGAUCCUGUAUACAGACAAAGAAGAAAAUAUUUCGCAGACCUUGCUUACCAUUACAAACACGGACAACCUAUUCCAAGAGUAGACUACACGUCUGAAGAAAUAGCUACGUGGGGCAUAGUUUUCAAAAACUUGACUAAACUCUAUCCAAAGUACGCAUGCAGAGAGCAUAAUCACAUUUUUCCACUUCUUAUCGAAAAUUGCGGCUAUCGAAAAGAUAACAUACCCCAAUUGGAAGAUAUAUCCAAUUUCUUAAAAGAUUGUACCGGCUUUACUCUUCGCCCAGUCGCAGGACUAUUAUCCUCACGUGAUUUUCUAGCUGGAUUAGCCUUCAGAGUGUUUCACAGCACGCAAUACAUACGACAUAGCAGUAAACCACUAUACACACCGGAACCGGAUGUGUGUCACGAGAUUUUGGGCCAUGUGCCACUCUUCGCCGAUCCAGCUUUUGCACAGUUCUCACAAGUUAUAGGUUUGGCAUCCCUUGGUGCUCCGGACGAAUAUAUAGAGAAACUUGCAACGUGUUUCUGGUUUACGGUGGAAUUCGGAAUAUGCCGACAAAAUGGAGAAUUAAAGGCAUAUGGUGCUGGUUUACUCUCAUCUUUUGGCGAAUUAGAAUAUUGUUUAAGCGGCAAGCCGGAGCUUCGACCUUUUGACCCACCAAAGACUGCGUUGCAAAAAUAUCCGAUAACGGAAUAUCAGCCCGUAUACUUUGUUGCCGAAGACUUUGAGGACGCAAAAGAAAAGAUGACAAAAUUUGCUCAAAGCAUACCGAGAAAAUUCGGAGUGAGAUACGAUCCUUAUACGCAGAGUAUCAGCAUCAUCGACAGUAAACAGCAAGUGGAAGCUCUUGUAAAUAACGUGAAUCAGGAAGUACAAAUUUUGACAGAUGCGUUAAGAAAAUUGCAUCCUUAAAAUUAAUUUCAAUCCAAUUGUUAUUCUUACUUUUCUUUCUUUCUUUCUUUCUU